UCUAAAAGGCUGCCGCCCCACCACUAGGACCUGUUUAUUUCUUGUAAAAUGCUUUCUUCAUAUGGGAAUAGAUUACAAAAAUUUAAAUGACUGAGUGCCAUUUAGUCUAUCAGGACGUUAUUAAGGAGAUGAUCUGAAACUCGGUCAGUGAGUGGCAGGCAGUCUCUGCAGUGUGUAGCUCGUCGAUUGACCUAUAGUGCCUGUCUUGAAGAGACUUAGAGAUGAACUUUAGAUUAUGAUAUUACUCUGUCACCCUCACUUUAACAGAAACCUCUGACAUAUGAAAACAGUUUAGGGAAGUGGAAAAGAGACGCCAUAUCCAUAGAUUCCCCUGUAGAGGGAGUAUAGCGUGUGAGUGCAAAAAAAGAAACACAAGUUAAGAUGGUCGACAUCAGGCUGCCUUUGAACCGCGCAGUUUGGAAAGAGAUGGCCACAUAAAGAAGAAUUCUCCCAUCGUUCAGGAGGCCUUGUGCAUUUAAAAUUUCCUCGGGAAAGUAAUAGGUGGCACUAUAUUUCAAGUGGGACAGUGAUCAUGUAUUUUCCCGUUUAGUCAGUGGUUCUUGCAGCGAGUGCGGGUUGUUUAUUGCUGUCACGGUUUGAGCUGCCCUUUAACUGCAUCUGUGGAAAAGGAUCGGAAUUAAGAGCGAAGGCCCCGGGCAGAGCCAUGGAGCCAGGCUUCCACAGCGAGCAGGCCCAGUUGCCUAGAAACAUGAUUGAAAAUAGCAUGUUUGAAGAGGAGCCAGAUGUAGUUGACCUGGCCAAGGAACCACACCUUCAUCCUCUGGAACCUGAUGAAGUUGAAUAUGAGCCACGUAGUUCACGGUUGCUGGUCCGUGGCUUGGGAGAGCAUGACCUGGAGGACGAUGAAGAAGACUAUGAAUCAUCUGCAAGGUUGUUAGGCAUGUCGUUCAUGAACAGAAGUUCCAAUCACCGCAAUAACCUGACAGGAGUUUAUAAUCGGGAAACGUCAGGGGGACUUUGUUCGCUGUCUUCUGCUCGGACUGUACUUGUUGGAGCAUUUGUUGUGGUGAUUAUACUUUCAAUAGCCAUGGUAGUCUACUUUCUGCCAAAAUGUACCUUCACCAAAGAAGGCUGCCAUAAAAAGAACACAACUUUAACGCUCAUAUAUCCUUUGGCAACCAAUGGCCAGGUAUUUCCUUGGCCAAAAAAUAGAUUGCCUAAUGCUGUUGUACCAGUCCAUUAUGAUCUUUCUUUGCACCCCAAUCUCACCACCAUGAAUUUUAUAGGCUCUGUGCAAAUAACCGUUCUAGCCAAGGAGGACACCAACAACAUCACUCUCCACAGCUUUGGUCUCAAAAUCACCAAGGCAACCAUUACUCCAAAAGCAUCUAGUCAAUCAAAGGAUGUCCAGAUUUUGGAGUAUCUACAACAUCAGCAAAUUGCAAUUAAAGUUAACCCAAAAUUGUUGAAAGGAGAAACACACAUUCUGAAUCUGGAAUAUUCAGCAAAUCUAUCUGAUGGUUUUUCUGGAUUUUACAAAAGCAGCUAUCAAGAUAAAAACAAAACAAGAAUAUUGGCAGCCACUCAGUUUGAGCCAGCGUCAGCACGAAGUGCUUUCCCAUGCUUUGAUGAACCGGCAUUUAAGGCCACAUUUAGCAUCAAGAUAAUCAGGGAAGCUGACCACAUCUCAUUAUCCAACAUGCAGAAGGAUUCCACAACUUCAAUUGGCAAUGGACUGCUUCAAGACACAUUUGUGAAAAGUGUAAAAAUGAGCACUUACCUGGUAGCAUUUAUUGUAGCUGAAUUGAAGAGUGUCAGCCAGGAGACUGCAAGUGGAACUCUGGUAUCUGUGUAUGCUGUUCCUGACAAGAUGGAUCAAAUGCGUUAUGCGUUAGAAGCAGCAGUGAAGCUUCUGAAGUUUUAUGAAGACUUCUUCAAUAUAUCCUAUCCCUUAAAGAAACUAGAUUUGGUGGCUGUCCCUGAUUUUGAAGCAGGAGCCAUGGAAAAUUGGGGCCUAAUCACUUUCAGAGAAAUAACACUGCUCUACAGGGAAGAGACUGCAUCAAUACUGGACAAACAGAUAAUUAGCGUGGUGAUAGCUCACGAAUUGGCUCAUCAGUGGUUUGGUAACCUGGUGACUAUGGAAUGGUGGAAUGACCUUUGGUUAAAUGAAGGAUUUGCCACAUUCAUGGAAUUUUUUUCACUUGAAAAAGUAUUCCCUGAACUCCAAGUGGCUGACCGCUUUUUGCGUACUCGUUUAAAGGCAAUGGAAAAAGAUUCGAUGAAUUCAUCUCACCCUCUCUCCACUUCAGUUGAAACUGCUGAGCAAAUUGAGGAAAUAUUUGAUUCAAUUUCAUAUGAAAAGGGGGCUUCCAUUCUUUUGAUGUUGAAGGACUUUCUUGGCGAAACAGUUUUCCAGCAAGGAAUUGAGAGAUACUUGAAUGAACACAAGUAUGGGAACACAAAAACUGAAGACUUGUGGAACAGUAUUACCAAAGUUAAAAAUGUAGAUUUAGAUGUGAAAGAAAUGAUGAAAACUUGGACACUGCAGACAGGGUUCCCCGUGGUCACUGUUAAAUUAGACACAACUGCUAAUAAAAUUCACCUCAGUCAAGAACGUUUCCUCAGGAUCUCCAUUUCACAGGAUCCAUCAUCCUCACCUGAUUCCAGUUACCUGUGGCACAUCCCACUGACGUACAUCACCAGCAACUGCAGCAAUUAUAGCCAACCCAAGUGUAUCAAAACAUGGCUUCUUAAGAACAAAACAGGCACCAUUCAUCUUAAAGAACCAAAUGUAACCUGGGUGAAGUUUAACAUGAAUAUGAAUGGGUAUUACAUCGUACAUUAUGAAGGGAACACCUCAAAGGAAUUACUUGGAUUAUUACAAAAUAAUCAUUUAGCUUUCAGUGACCAUGACCGAGCUGGUUUCAUCAAUAACGCCUUUGUGCUUGCCAGCGCAGGGAAACUCUCGGUGAGACAGGCAUUGUCCAUGACCAAGUACAUGAAGAAUGAAAACAGUACUGCUCCGAUAACCGAAGCAUUGUUUCAGCUCGGCCGUAUCUACUGGCUUGUACAAAAGAGGGGAUCGCUGCAACUUGCUGGUCGGAUCAAGAAAUAUAUCUUUGAUAUUUUUGGAGAUCUGAUUAAUAAUCAGACUUGGAGUAACAAUGGAUCACUGUCUGAAAGGCAACUACGUUCCACGCUUCUUGAUGUUGCUUGUGGUUACAACCAUGAUAACUGUGUCCAGAUUGCACAAGAAUUGUUUACCGAGUGGAAGCAAACCAAAAACUUGAGUGUUUUACCAUCUGAUCUCACAACAACGAUCUACAGUGUUGGAGCACGUGACGUCAAGGGCUGGACAUUCAUACUCCAGAUGUAUAAUAGUUUGCAGUUGGAGACGGAGAAAAGCAAAAUGCUAAGAGCCAUGGCAAAAAGCAGCAAUGCUCAACAGCUGAUCUGGUUAAUGUAUGAGAGCUUGCAACAUGGCACGAUAAGGACACAGGAACUACCCUCCAUUCUUGCUACUGCCAGCAGAAGCCUAGCUGGAUAUCUCUUUGCUUGGGAUUUUGUUAAGGAAAAUUGGGAUAAUCUAGUUAAAAAGUUUCACCUUGGAUCGUUUCCUAUUCAAGCCAUUAUAGUUGAAACAACAUCACAGUUUUCAACAAAGAGCCACCUGUUUGAGGUUCAAACAUUUUUUGAUUCACUGACGGACAAGGGUUCGCAGUUGCGGGCUGUCCAAGAGGCACUUGAGAUAAUUCAACUGAAUAUUCAAUGGAUGGACAAAAAUUUGAAAAACCUGAAAAUGUGGCUAUAGACUUACUCUCUCUUUUCUCUUCAGUGAAUUAAAUACACCUAUGUGCUAAGUGAUGCUAAAUUGCAGUAGUAUAAAGCAGGAGAUUGUCAGAUGUCACUCACAAUAAUAUCAGUUUGCACUAUUGGAGGGUUGUAGUUAGCUCAGGGUAAGUGUUACUGUUUGUUCAAUCAUUGAAUUUUAAUUGUGAUUAUGAGGAACUGCAGACCAAACUCUGGGAAUCUGGUGAUGGGUGAAUGUAUUUGCAAAAACAAAAUAAGCAAAAUGGUCAUUAAUGAGUUCCUGGUUUCAACCAUUUAGCAUGUGAGUGGGGAGGUUAAGAAUGUAUACCAUGUAGCAUAUAAAGACAAUGUUCAGCUUACCAAGCAAUUUUACUUUAUUUUAUCAUAUGCUUUGCAGUAAAGGAUGUUUUUUCUCAUUAGGUAUUAGACUUCCUGUACAGUGUUUUGUGUGGCAUAUUGAAGCUGUCCCUCACCAAAAUAAUGGCACCUACUGCAAAGUGGAUACUCAGUCCUUUGUAAAGCAUGGUCAUAACCACUGCACAAAAACAAUCAUAAUAUAUAGCGUGUGGUGCAGUUCCCUAUAUAAAUGAAUUGCCACACCCUUAUUGAAGCCACUGUUUUGGCAGAAAAGAAUGUGAUUACCAAAAUGACUUCUAAAAGAAAAUUCUUGAAUCCCUGAUUUAAUCCAGUUAUCAUUAACUAGUGGCCCUAGUUUUUAUAUGUUUUAUUUGUUUUUCAUCACUUACAGCAUGAAAUGUCCACUGAAUGAUGUACAUUCUUUUUUUAAAAAAUACUAUAGAUUACAUAUUAUGAAAAACUGAGAAACUCUGAUUUUACAAUACCAGUUUUUAUCCUAGGGUUCUGUAAUGACCUAUUAAGCUUUGCUGUUAUGACUUAUGCUGUCAUCAGAUUUACUCAAAUGAAUUAGUGCUACUUCUCACUGACAGCCAUCGAUAUCUACUUUACAGAUUGUGUUUUAAGUACAAUUGGAGUUUGUGAAUUGUACAAGACCAACCAGAAUUUAACAAGAUUAUUUUAUUAGACAAUGCUACUUCUGUAUUCUAAAUCAGAAUAUACUGCAAUGAGUAUCCUAACGAACAGUAAACCUGUCAAAAAAUGCAAGAUUAAUUUACACAUUAUGGAUGUUAAGCAUUGCUUUUGAACUGUGAGAAUGAUUUAGAGAGUAUGCAAAGAAUAUAGCUAAUUCUAGUGUUCAGCUCACAUAUUAACCUCAGGUACUGACAAUAAUGUGCAUUAAGAAGUGUUAAAUGGGAUGUUAACUCUCAACUAACUUGACUGCUAACUUGGGCUGACAAUUGGCAAGUGACAUUCGUGCCACACAAAUGCCAGGCAAUGAUCAUCUCCAGUAAGAGAGAAUCUAACCAUCGCCCCUUGACCUUCAGUGGCAUUACCAUCGCUGAAUUCCC